AUGUGUAUUGAUGAGAACUUGUCAGAGCCAGCCCACUCAGCACUGGAGCCGCAAGGUAAUGAGGAGAAAGAGUAAGAGUGAAGACUUCGGAUAUCCCAUAGUGUCAGGGGCCCAAGAAGGAGCAAGAUGGUAUCGAUCCUUUUCUCGCUGAGGAGUCAUCUAAAGAGGACCCAGCUUAACCGACUAGUCGCAAAGUGGAUGAACCUUGAGGGGUCCUUAGUGACUGUGCUAUCGAUAGGUAGAAUCCUCCUGUAAUUAAGAUUAAGAUGAGAACUUGUCAUCAGAAGAGUCAGCUGAAGAAGAAAUAGGGAUUGAUUUCGAAAGGCUUCCUUUCCUUGAUGAUAUAAGCUUAGUUUCAGAAGACGCUGAAAUCGCAUAUUACAGAGCUCGAUGCAGCGAAAUCAAUAAGACACCUCUAUUUAACAUUCAUCGAGAAAGCGCAUUUAUUACUGAACAAGUCACAGAUCUGCAGAUGAGAAUGAGAGGAAUUCGAGAGACUUACUUGAAAAUCGCCAAAAGCAAUAAUUAG